AUGGUCGCCAUCACUACGGCCCUCAUCGCUUCCGCACUGACGUUCCGUCUUGUCGGCGCGGCUCCCAUCCAAUCCAACGAGCCCUGGUCAAGCAAAGGGAUGACCUUCCCGUCGCGGGGCGGCAAGGAGCCUGCCAAGCCACACGACCGAGUUCUUGCCUUUAGCCCUACCCAUCUUCCAGGCGCCAAGACGGAGGACGGAGGAGAAGUCGCCUCUGAGCCUCAUGAGAACCUCAGCAAAGUUCCUUUCGAGGUGUUGAGGACCCCACUAGAAAUGGCAAAGGAGGAUACGCCCGAGGAGGCCAUCACGGAUAUCCAGCACGCCAAACGCGCCGAUAAACAAGAUUGGCAAGACUGGCCAGAAGACCAGAAGCAACUCGUCAUCCAGCUCAUCAUAGACGAAUUUCAUCUGCACAUGUGGAUUGCUGGGAUCGACUAUGAUACUUCGGUGGAGGAAUGGACCGCCUUGGUCGUGCUUGAGGAGAUGCAGGAGUGGUUGGUCAAGGAGAGCUGGCAGUCAGUCUACCAGUGGGUGAGGGACAAACAGUAUGUCUUAAACAUUGUCACUGCGGGAGAGUGCAAGAUGGAUGCACAGGGCCUUUUCGACCUGCCCGAGGAAUGGAAGUGUGAGCAAUUCUGCAAGGAAUGGGGCCACUGUUGA